AUGACUACAAAUUCAUAUUAAAUUGAUGCUCCAUACUUAGGUCUUUAAAAUAUAGGUGCAACUUGUUAUAUGAAUUCUGUGUUAUAGACUUUAUUCAUGACCCCAGAAUUUCGUAGAGGAUUAUAUUUAUGGAAGUAUGAACAUUCAAUACAUGGGGAAGAGAUUGAUUCAAUACCAUUUUAACUUUAAAAGCUUUAUGCAAGACUUCAAACUAAAAUAUUUGAGUAUAUUGAUACAAGAGAUCUUACAAAAUCAUUUUAAUGGGAUAUUCAUUAAGCAUUUUAAUAACAUGAUAUAUAAGAAUUUAUUCGUAUACUAUUUGAUGCAAUAGAAUAGAGUGAUUAGAAUUGUAAUUUUGUAAAGGAAUUGUAUGAAGGUAUAAUUAUUAUAUAAAAUAAGGCGCAUAUCUACAUUACACAAAAUGCUUGAAAUGCAAUUAUGAAAGUCAAAGACAAGAAGUCUUUAUGGAUUAUACAGUUAUUUUGAAAGAUAAAUGGAGUAAAGUGUAUAAUAACAGUUUGGAAUUAGCAAUAUAAAGAAGUCUUAAACCAGAGAAAUUGGAGGGGAAUAAUUAAUAUUUUUGUGAAUCAUGUUAAGCUAAACAAGAUGCUCAUAGAGGAUAAUUAAUUUAUAAAUUGCCAUCAAUAUUGAAUGUUCAUAUCAAUCGUUUUGCAUUUGAUUAUAUAAUGAUGAGAAGGGAAAAGUUGGAUGAUAAAAUGGUAUUUCCAUUUGUUCUUAAUAUGAAUAAUUACAUUAAAACUUAUGAUGAGAUUCCUAAUAAAAUAUCAGAAGAUACAGAUCCAUCUUAUUUUGAAGAAUUGGUUUAACCAAAAAAAUAAUAAUUUAAAACAACUACUACUUAAAAUAAAGUAUAACCAACAUCACAUACUACAAAAACAACUAAAGUGACUAGACCUAAUUAAGGAUUAAAAGAUUUUAUUAAACAAUAAAAGAAAGUAGCAAAAUAAUAAUAAGGUAAUGUAAUUGAUACAUUUGGUACUAUGUAAGAAGAUGAAUAGAUUUAAUAAAUCAUUCAUUAAUAAAUCUAAGAAGAUAUAAAAUAAUCUUAAUAAUAAACAAAUAUUAAUGAAAAUAAAACUAAUAUUCCUCCACCACCUCCAUUACCAGUCUUUGAUCAUGAUUUAGAAUAUUAAGAUGCUCCUAAAAUUUAAUCUAAUAAUGUUAAUUAAGAAUCUUAAAUUUAAAAUGAUUAAUAAAAAAAGAGUAAGAAUGAAGAAUAAGACAAAUAAUAAUAAUAAUAACCAAUAUUAGAUACUACAGAAGAGAGAAAGAAAUAUAUUGAAUUAGUUAAGUAGAAAUGUUAGGAAUCAAUUUUAGAAUAAGAUAAUUAAAUUAGAUAAUAUUUAAAAGAUGGUCCAAAUGUAUAUUAAUUAUAUUCUAUUCUUAAUCAUUCAGGUGGUGCUAUGGGUGGUCAUUACUUUGCUUAUAUACGUUCUCAUGAAGAUGGAUAAUGGUAUUGUUUUAAUGAUAGUUCAGUUACUUAUAUUAAUCCAGAUGAUAUUCCUGUAAAAACUUUUGGAGGUCAUUCUGGUGGAAGUGCUUAUAUGUUAUUUUAUAGGAAGGUUGAACCAAAUUAAGAAUCAUGGGGAACUUGGGGUGGAUAAUUUUAAGAAAAUGAAUUACCUGAAUAUGUUUAAUUAAAAUUAUAAGAAGAAAGACUUAAAUUAGAAGAAUUCAGAUAAUAAGGAGGUUAAAAUGAAGAUUUAUUAGCACUUUAAAAACCUAUAACUAUUAAAGCUCAUUAUAAAUUAGAAGUUAAGACUUUUACUCUUGAAAAUAGUACAAGUUUUCAUAAUUUUAAAUAAUUAGUACUUGAUCAUUUUUAAAUUAAAGAUAGAGAUAAUUGUAGAAUAAGAAUUUAUAAUCCAUAUACUGAUUAAUUUUAAGAUACUUUUGAAGGUAAAGAAAUGAGAUCAUUGGCAGCACUUAAAUUAUAAAAUAAAUGUGUAUCUAUUGAAUUUAAAUAAUAAAAUGAAGAAUGGAAACCAUAUAAUGAAUAAUCUAUUAUAUUUAGAAUUGCUUUAUAUAGAGAAAAUCUAGAAGCAUUAGAUGAAAAGACUUUAUAACCUAAAAAAAUAACAGUUAAUAAAAAUGAUUUUAUACAUGAAUUAAUUGAAACAUCAAAGAAAGAAUAUAAAUUAGAAGGAGAAUAUUAAUUAUUAAAAAGAAAUGGUGAAUUUGGAGAAAUCUUAAAUCCUGAUAAACCAAUUGAAGGUUAUUAUGAAAAUAGUCUCUUUUAUCUUGAACCUAAAACUGAAAAUAGUAAUUGGCUUAAAGAAUUUGAAAUAGAUGAACAUAGAAUUACUAUAAAAUUCAAUGACCCUACUAAAACAAUUUAACUUACAACAUAAGAAGGUUAACCUGAAGAUUUAUAUCCACUAAUUUGCACAAUUGAUAAUAGAGCUACAAUGAUGGAAUUAAAAGAGAAAAUCUGUAAAUAAAUAGGAAUUUCUCCUAAAAAAUUGAUUUUGAGAAGAGGUGGAAGAGCUGGAUUAGAAUUAAAAGAUAUGACUAUUGAAGUUGGACUUAAUCAUUUUGUAAGAGGAUCAUCAAUACAUUUAGAUUUAGGUACUCCCUUAAAUUUAGGAGAAUACAGAUGUAUAAUCUCAAUAGCAUCUGCUCCUAAUCUUUUAGAAGAUAGAAAUUUUUAUUAAUUUUAAGAAUUAGGUGAGUACUCUAUUCCAGGAGAUAAACCUAUAAGUCAAUUUAUAAAUGAUUUGGCUAUUUGGGCAUCUGAGAAGAGUGGAAUAUAAUUAGAUUCUAAACAUAUUAGACUUAGAGAAAGGAUAGCUGAUCGUUUAAAUAAAGUGUAUAGAGAUAAACCAUUAAAAGAAUAAGGAAUUGUAGAAAUGAGAAUGAUAGCAAUAGAAUAAUUAUAAGAUGAAUGGUAACAUUUAACAUCUAAAGAUGUAUUUAUUCAUGCUAGAUUUUGGGAUUAAGAAAAAUGGGAUCUAUCAGAAAGAUAUGAAUUUGUUGUUAGUAAAAAUUAGAGUGGUGCAGAUUUAGCAGAUCAAUUUAGUUAAGUAUUUGGAAUUAAAGCUGAAAAUAUUGAAGUAUGUAGAAUAGUUGCUGUUCAUAGAUUCAAUAGAUAUGAAUUAUUAAAUGAAGAAGUAUAUAUAUAUAUAAAUAUUAUUUAGUGGAUUCCAUUAAAGAAUGAUGAUUAUUUAUUAGGAUCAUAACCAUUAUUCAUAACAAAUGAUGGAUAAAUGAUUAUACUUAGAGAUUCAACAUAAUAACCUAGAGAAUUAACAAAUGAAGAAAUUAAAUAAUUUGGAAUUAUAUAAUCUAAUUAUACUAAAUCAAUAAAAACUGGAGUUUCAAGAGGUCCAGUAAAGACAAGAUUUUUCAAUGAAGAGAAGGCUUUAGUGAUAACUGUUAAAAAGUAAUAUUAUUAUAUAUUUAUUUUAGAAAAGCAGAAGAAAUUAAACCAGAAUGA